AUGGACGUUAUCAAGAAGAGGGAGGGAGGCGGAAACACCGCUGCCGUCGUCAAGCUCGUGGACGAAGACGAAACUCCUAGACCGCCCAAGCCUGCUUCGCGAGCGCUCAUCCGUCGUCCCGCCCCAGCAGCACCUCCACUCGGCGGUACCCCCAUUCCCGAGGAUCUUCAACCUCUCCACGCCCUCCUCGCUCGGCGUACUCCCGAAUUGACCGGCGCAGUCUAUCACACCACCAUCCGCGAGCUCGCACGCCUUAGCAAAAUUCCGCCCCAGAGCGCGGAGUACGGCGUGGCGAAGACGUAUCUCGAGCUGUUGUUGGCGCUACCAUGGAAGAGGGUGUCGGAGGAUGAGAGUGUGGAUCUGAAGGUGGCAAGGGAGAGGUUGGAGGAGGAGCAUGAGGGUCUGGAAGAGGUGAAGCGGAGGGUGGUCGAGUAUCUGGCGGUGUAUCGGCUCAAAAAACAACUCUUUGCUGUGGCACAAGCGAAGAAGACCUCCUCCGAUGCUCCCUCCAUCAACGGUGCACCGAUAGACCCGUCGACGGCGUCAGAACUGCUCGAAUUGAUCCCUUCCGAUGAGCGCGCUGCUGCCGAGGCCCCACUCCCUCCCGCAAUCGAAGACGGGCCCCCUGUUGGCGGAUAUCGCGACAAGGGCCCGAUCCUACUCCUCGUCGGUCCACCUGGCGUCGGCAAGACCAGUAUCGCCCGCUCCCUCGCGUCCUGCUUGGGUCGCAAGUUCCACCGCAUCUCCCUCGGCGGCGUACGCGACGAAGCGGAGAUCCGCGGUCAUCGGCGGACGUAUGUCGGUGCUCUACCUGGCCUGCCCGUUCAAGCUUUACGCAAGGUCGGUGUCAGCAACCCGGUCAUCCUCCUCGACGAGAUGGACAAGCUCUCUACCAACUCGUUCCAUGGCGACCCGUCCGCUGCGCUAUUGGAAGCGCUCGAUCCCGCCCAGAAUUGGGGGUUCCACGAUCACUAUCUCGGAGAUGUCCCCAUCGACCUCAGUCAGGUCAUGUUCGUUGCUACCGCAAACAGCCUCGAUACCAUCCCGGCUCCUCUGCUAGAUCGGUGCGAGGUGAUCCAGUGCGCAGGAUACGUGAUGGAGGAGAAGGUACGGAUCGCCGCGAGGUUCCUGGUCAAGAAGCAGAUGGAGGAGAAUGGGUUGAAGGAGGGGUUAGUGAGCGUCGAUGAUGAGGGAUUGAGGCGGGUCAUUGAGGAUUAUACACGAGAAUCUGGCGUCCGGUCGCUCGAACGCGAGAUCGCAAAGCUCAUGCGCGCCAAGGCCGUCGAGUACUCCCAAUCCCUCUCGGUCCCCUCCGCUACUACCCCCGCCAACACGUCUCUAUCGUCGAAUGCGGCAAGCUAUAACCCCACCAUCACAGCCGGCGAUAUCGAGCGCAUACUUGGCCUUCCCAGAUUCGAAUCAGAGCUGCGCGAAGCGUCGGCUGCACCAGGCGUCGUCCAUGGUCUCAGCUAUCAAGGAAGCGGGAUGGGUGGGGUGCUCGUGCUCGAGGCGGCGACUGUGCCUCUUCACGGUGGACGCGGGGGGAGCUUGAGGUGUACGGGCAGGCUAGGCGAGGUCAUCCAGGAGAGUGCAGACCUGGCGUUCACGUGGGUGAAGGCACAUGCGGUAGAGCUGGGAGUACAAGAUGCAAUGAGGGGAGUCGAUGUGCAUCUUCACCUGCCGUCAGGUUCGAUCAAGAAGGACGGUCCGUCCGCAGGUAUCGCUAUGGUCAUGGCGUUCGUCUCGCUCCUCUCGGAUCGGGCAGUACCUCCGACGACGGCUAUGACGGGGGAGAUCACGUUGAGGGGGCUGGUCACGCCGGUCGGGGGCAUCAAGGAGAAGGUGCUGGGCGCCCAUCGGGCGGGGAUCAAACGUAUCCUUAUGUCCGAGCGAAACAAGAAGGACGUCGAGGCCGAUAUCCCAGACUCUAUCAAGCAAGACGUCGAGUUCAAGUUCGUUCGCACCAUAGGGGAGGCUCUGGAGAUUGUAUGGGGUAAGGAGGUAUGGGCAAUGGGGAGCGGCCCGGAUGGCAGGUCAAGGACCGAGGCGAGGCUGUGA